AUGUCCCACCUGGGCUUCAUUAUUGUUGUGAGAACCAGACAGACCGAGGGAGAGAGAGUUCGAAGGACCUCGACGAAGGAAAACUUGACAGGAACUCGCCAAGUCUGUGAAGACGGUCGCCCACUCUCCGGGGCGCGUUACCGCCAUCGGCCGUCCACGUCUGUUCCCGUGGGAAAGCGACAAGGAUAUCACGAGAAAAAAUGCACUGGGAAGCCAGGAGACUUUAACGUAGAAAGCGGCUACGCGGGCACUAUUGACAGCCCAAUACAACGCCCAAUGAGCGCCGGAUCAACGGAGAAGCGUCUUGUGGUGCCGGCGCUACCCUUGGGCAGAACGGGCGAUCGCCCGGGGCCCCGCGACUUAUGGGGGGGCUACGUUUCAGCAUUGCCCCUGCCCUAA